GUCUCUCAGAGAAUAUAUGCAGAGGGUUUAUGUCAACUCUUAUUUUAGGGAUUAAUGUAUUUUUGUCUGGUGGUGACCAGGUAACGUGCAGCCUCAGUGACCUUAGGGUAGUCGAUAGGCUUUAAACCGAAUUAACUGAUCAUUACUGAGUAUGAACAUUAAGACUGAUGUACGACAGUCCAUUAACUUCAGAGAAAAUGUAUUUGAGGUGGUCAGUCCCAUGGUCUGGAACGAUAUAUUUAAAGUCCAUGGAACUGAAUACUCCUCCAGACUGAGGGACUGACCACCUUAAAUACUUUUAUCUCUAUGUAUUUGACUGAAGAAGCCUACUGUGUAGGCGAAACGUUUCAUCAAUGAAGAUACCCAACUGUUGCACAUGUGUUUUAAUCUUCAACAGUCAGUAUUUUAUACUAUUUUCAACAUUACUGAUUAUACUCCAUCAGUUGUCUGCUCCACAGUGUACUGCACCGGUCCACCAGUUAUACCACAUGCCCGUCACGACGGCCUGGAAGCCAGAACCAGGUUUGAGGUCAAUCAUACUCUCAAAUAUACGUGUUACGAGGGGUAUACCACGAGAGGGUUCGAUGUGGCUAAAUGCUUCUUGUACAACAACACCAUGCAGUGGUUCGGCCCAGAGAUAGAGUGUGUGCCUAAGGAGUGUGGAGAUCCUGGAGAAAUCCUCAACGGCUUCAAGGAAGGAAACUGUUAUUCCUUCUCAUGUCGCAUCGUCUACCACUGUCGUCCAGGGUUCCAGAUGGAGGGUCACAGGAACUACUACUGUCAACAUGAUGGCUCCUGGAACCCCAGAGAUCUUCCCACUUGUAAACCCAUCCAGUGCAACAUACCUGACAACCCAGACAACGGGAAAGCCACUUUCAACUCAGUCUUCUACAACGCCGUGGUGUCCUACGACUGCAACUACGGCUACAUGAUCGUAGGUGCCUCCACCCGUCGCUGUGGCCCUGAUACUGAGUGGAGUGGAACUGUGCCACACUGUAAAGAGAUUGACUGUGGUUCACCUGGCGACCUCUACAAUGGUUGGCUCGAGGGUUCUCGCAGUAACUUCGGUGCGGUCAUUAAGUUUCGCUGCAACGACAAUAUGAAAUACGAGGGUUACCAUGACCGCCGCACUGAGUGUCAGAAGAACGGCACCUGGUCGCAUCCUCUUCCUAAGUGCCUAGCGCCAUGUAUCGUGCCGACGAUUGACAACGGGCGCCUCAGCAACGAGACUCGUGCCGGGUUGCAAGUACCGCACGGCAGCGUUAUCAGGGUGGUAUGCAACGAUUUCUACGAACCUACCUUCAAGUCCGUGCCUUCAACCUGCUACAACGGCACCUGGACCCACUACCCGCACUGCCAGCCAGCACGGUGCAAGAAGCUGCCAGAUCGGCCGCGUCACGGGAUGGUAAUAGCACCUCGUACUGGUCAUGGGAUGAGGGCCAGGUACCGCUGUAAGGACGGGUACCGGCUCGUGGGCUCGCCCACUACUAAAUGCCACUUCGGUAACUGGACAGGGAGGAUGCCGUGGUGUAGGGUAGUGUACUGUCCGUUCCCCGGGUACCUGGAGGAUGGCAGAGUCUUGCUGGUGGGCAACAUGGGCAUGUAUAUCUACCGUCCGUAUGUCAAGAAGGUACGAAACGACCGGCGCAUACGCUACGAGUGCAGCCGCGGGUUCUUCCUCUCAGAGGGACCACCUGGAGCCACCUGUGUGGGUGGCAGGUGGAGCCCGAGCAACCUGCCCAAGUGCUCGCCAGAGCUUCACCCUCGGGUACAGUGGCUCAAGAAGAGGUCAGUCAACAUCUCCGACUACCUGGAGUACCUCGGUGCCACACAGGAAGGGAAGAAGAGGGCCUCAGCACUGCCAGUAUCUGAAGGUGGUGCCAGGGUGCCUCACCUGGCGUAUUUAAGAGGGUCAUUGAGACUGUGGACUAGAGUCGCGGCGUCUGGAGUCCAAAGUGACCAGUACGCAAUCAAAUACCGUGACGAUACUCUUAAAUUACCAACAACGCGAUCGCCAUUAAGUGCACAAUACAGUUUGGUAAACGGAUCAACUUUUCCCAGCCAAAUACACAUAAAGAGCAGAAAACGUUUUCAGACACGGGCUAAUUUUAGUAAGAAAGGCAAUGAGUGGGUCAGUGAGAACAUAUUAGACAGCCAAGAGAGCAGUUCUGGGGCACACAUGGGAGAAAGUGCGCUCUUGUCAAGAGUUUUGAGAAAUGUGAGAAGAGAAAAUAAAGGCGAAGUUCACAAAAGAAGAAAUAAAUCGAAAAGGGGUAAAAAAGCCCCGCGCUGCGAGGAGCUGGGCGGGGAACCCUACCUGAAGGUGAUGUUACUUCGACCAGGCCGGGACGCCAACUAUACCUACUCAGCGGGAGCCAGAGUGAGGGUGUCUUGUCUUCACGGCCACGGCCUUAAUAUUGGCAACAAGACGGCCAAGUGCUCGCGUGGCAGGUGGAAACCCUUGAAGCCAGAGUGUAUCUCACUGCCGUGCUCAGUGCCGGAAGCUCCUCAUGGUCAGUAUACCUUCAAUGGCGCUGAGGUACCAGAACGAGCCACUAUUGGGCACGCAGAGGUGGUGAAAUUUCUGUGCCACGCUGGUUACACUGUGUUGGGGUCUGAUACACUGCGCUGUUGGUACGGUGAAUGGACUGUCACCGGCUCCAGCCCACAGUGCCAGCCAGAUUCAUGCACUCUUCCCGAAGUGGAGCAUGGGACAUACACGGGUGGACAAAGGAAAGGGGGAAGCAGCGUAGAGCACGGAAGCACAGUAGAGUACACAUGUGAGGAAGGUUGGUUGGUCAACGUAGCUGAGGUGAGGUGUGUGCUAGGACACCUGCAACCUGACCCACCCACAUGUGUCACCCCAGCCCAGGCUACACACGCCGCCCAUAACUUACCAUCUCAACACAGACACACUCUCACACUGUUUUCAUUUGGAAAGAGCGACCUGACUUCAGGUGGUGAUAUCACAAGCAUCGACAUGGUCGCCAGUCUUCACAACUCCUGCAGUCCCCCAGCCCAUGUUCGUGGCACCAUCAUAUACAAGAACGGACAACCUCUUCACAGAAAUGAGCACAGGUUUCCAGAUGGUACAGAAGUGACUUUUAACUGCAUCACUAACACCAUCGGAGAGAAGACCACCUGGAUGAUCCUUUGUAAGGAGGGGUCGUGGGUGGGGCAGCGAGUACCCUCACCUUGCUCUAACGACGAUGUCAGUGAGGAUCUUCCAAUAGGUAACAAUUCCUGCAUAUGGAGGAACAACCAAGAUAAUCUUGUCACCUUUCACAACGACAGGGAAGUAACAGACAUGAUGGAAUUCCCACCAGGCACUGAGCUGGUAUCUCGUUGUAUAGACAUAGGCAAAUACGCUAUGGCUGGAGCUUCCCACCGUCGCUGUCUUAAUGGCUACUGGAGCAGCGCCGCUCCUCUCUGUUUUGCUCUCAACAGAGAACAUGACUUUGCCUUGGAUCGCCCUCCCACCAUUCUCUUCCGCCACAAGAAUGGACCCAUCGCCCAGACCAACGACGGUCGUCUGCUGGUGUAUCCUGGUACUGAGCUCUACCUGGAGUGCCUCUGGAUGAGGCGCUAUGGCACCCCACGCUGGAAUGUCUCGCACUCACACGCGAAGUAUUGGACGGGUUGGACCACUGAUGCUUUAAGGAACCCGCAAUUAGAGUAUCGCCUGGCCCUCUACACGGCCCACACGGGUGACUCUGGUGACUACACCUGUGUCACGCCCACCGGACACGCCCACACCGUCACCCUUGAUAUUAGACGGGUAGACUGUCCCCCACUGAACACUAGUGAGGGACCUGCCCAGCCAGGUGCCGCCGCCGCCCUCCACCACCAACCACAGGAUGACACUGCCCUGGGCACCGUCGUCAGCUUCUCGUGUGGCAGAGGGUCAUCCCUUGUCGGGGAGCGUGAAAUCAAGUGCCUCCCGUCCGGCAACUGGUCUGCCCCAGUGCCACGCUGUCAGAAGGUGCAGUGUGGCGGACUGGGAGGGCCUCGGCACGGCCAGUUGACCCACCCUGGACCAUACUUUGCCGGGGACACGGUAGAGGUGACCUGUGACUCUACCUACAUGCUGGCUGGCCAGCCCCUGCUGAUGUGUCAGGACGAUGGUACCUGGUCUUCCCACCUACCCAAGUGUUCACAGGCGUGCACCUACCCUGGCAUCAUCAUCUCGGGCACCAUGAGCUCCGUCAAGUUCUACUACCCACUCCAUGACAACAUCACUUACACCUGCAGCUCCCAAUUUGUGUUGCAUGGUAAACGCACCAUCACCUGCCUCGAAGGGGGCAAGUGGUCAGCCCCUGUCCCAUCCUGUUUACCACGCCCCUGAGCACUACAUCAUCAAGUUUUCCCGAGUACGAAGCCCAUGACCGUAGAUCUUCAGAUCAUUUUACCUCCCAAAGCAGUAAACUGUACAUUAUUAGGUCCUGCUUCCCGGGACCAUGAGAGACAAAUCAUUUGAUUUUCCUGUUACCCAAGACCUUAAAUUAAGAUCCUCCAGUUACGCAAUACAUCCUCGUACCCUCUUUCUUCCAGCAAUACUGAGUGGUAGAUAUUUAUUUCCUGCCUCCCAUACCUUCUACGGUAGAUCCUCGUGCCCUAACUCAUACAACCAAGUAUGAUUGAUCCUCGCACUCUGCCUCUCAGUCAUGAGUAGGUGAUCUUUCUAUUUUACCUCCCACACCCAUGGAUGAUUGAUCUGAAUAACAGGUCCUCUUUUCAUGCCUUUCCUACUGGAAUGGUGCACUGUGAGAAUAAAAUAACCAUGGUGGUGAUAGAUAGAUAUUCCUGCCUUUAGAAAUAUGUCUGAACUGUGUGUAUGUAUAUUAGGAAAGAUUUCGGUUUUGAUUUGAUUCCUACAGCCCAGAGCAGCAUUAGCUUCCACAGUGCAGCAUCACAAGGCAGCACAGACAGCAUUAUCUGUAUUUCUAUCCUCGUGUACCGUAUCCAGAGAACUAAUGAAGGAGCUAGUCCCAGAAGCAGCAGCAACGCGGAAGGAUAUCCUUGCACUUUGUAAACAGACCAGUUCUGGGACAGACCCACCGUCGAUAAAAUCGCCUAAACAUUGCACGACAAUGCCUCAGGAAAAAAUCAAAGCUCGCCUUGCGGUGAAGUUACUACAUGCUGGGUGAAGUUACUACAUGCUGGAGGUUUCUCUUUUGAUUGUUCCUAAUUCCUCCUUGGUCACUCGUCUCAACCCUCAGGUCAUCUGCAUCUGGGGCAGUGUGCCAACUGAUCAACUGGGGCCCCAUGACUCAUCUGCCGUACGUCAGAAGGGAAGUAUACCGGAUGUGAAGAGGUCCAUGAUAUCAAACGAAGUCUAACCACUGCCCAUUGGAAGUGUCCGGAUGGAAUCACCAUGCUACCAUGGAAAGCCGGUAAGCAGAUAGUGACUACACCGAUGUGUCUACGAAGGCUGACACCAACCAAUGAUACUCCGAAGUUGAAGGUGGUUGGUGCCGCUAGUUUCUGGUAGCAUGGCUGACAAUAUGCUGCCAUGGUGUAAGGAACCUAUUGACCAGUGUAAGAACAAGUGUUACCAUGGCGUUAAGGAACCUCGCUGACCAGUGUAAGAACAAGUGUUACCAUGGUGUUAAGGAACCUCAGUGCUGCUCGCUCACUGAACCAUCACAGAUGUUAUAUUCUCAUUUGACAGAAGUAAACACCAAACACAGGACGAGUGCUAGACAGAAAACAUUCUUACGUACGACAGGCGCUAAUGCCAAGGAAUAGGGCUUGGUAAUACUUCCUAUCCCACCGUUAGUGGACGGAGGAUCGAGCCUCCGCCACUCCAUGCGCUAAAUGACUCAUACGAGUUUAGCGCUUCUUAUAAAUAUUACUAUUAAACUUAAGCAUGUCAGCAGUGGGUGAAGUCUUAAUAUAUGGUGAGAGUAGAGUGCACUGCCAGUACUUUCUUCCUGCCAGCUUGCUGUAUAUAUUACGUCAAUAAAGACUGAUUAUUGUGCUAUUUGUACAUAAUUUAUGUACAAUAUGUAGUACUACCUCAACGUGUUUCAUGAAUAAUAAAGUUUAUGAGAGA